UUUCGAUCAACAUAUUUCGAUACACGCCUCAUAAUUCUCACCGUCACUUCUUAAUUCUCAAUGUCAUCAGCAACUGUGUCCGUGGCGGCGAUGGGCAGCGAGGGCGACGUCGAUCCGGCAGCCACCAACGCCGCCACCGUGAGGAUCAGCAGCGAGGUCAUGGUGGCCUCCGUCAUAUUCCUGUUCAUGGUCGUCGUCUUCGUCUUCUUCCUCUACCUCUACGCCAAGCGCUACCUCCGCCACGACCGCUCCGGCUACGGCGCCCGUUUUGUCUUCGCCGCCAGCGACCUAGUCCCCGCCGCCCCGCGCCGAGGUCUGGACCCUGCCUCCCUUGCCUCCCUCCCCGUCACCGUAUACCGUGCCUCUGACUUUAAGGCCGGCGGCGGGCUCGAGUGCGCGGUCUGCCUCUCGGAGCUCGCCGACGGCGAGGAGGCCCGGGUGCUCCCCAAGUGCGGCCACGGCUUCCACCUCCAGUGCAUCGACAUGUGGUUCCACUCCCACUCCACCUGCCCGCUAUGCCGCAGCGCCGUCGUCGCAGACGAAACCUCCUCCCCUGAAACUGAGUCGCCCGAUCCGCCGACGGAGGCCACCCCGGAGGCGUUUCCCACCAAUGUGCUGAUUCGGGGAGGCCGAGACCCGGUUAACGAAAGGGCUCUGGUGAUCGAGAUCCCGAGGAACGCCGUCGAUGUCCUGGGGCCUCAAACCUCGCCGUUGCCUUCGAGCAGGGCGGCCCUGGAGGAGCUGAGAUCACCAGUUUCAGCGACGUUCCGGUCCCUGCGAAGGCUUUGGAGCCAGGGAAGGAAGGCCAGCGCAGGUCCCUCUUCCUUCAGCUCGAGGGAGGUCGACGUCGAGCAAGGGCCGGCGGAGGAAAACCACGCGCCACCGCUCAAGUCCCCUGCUCCGAAGCCAUGACUCGUCGGAAAACUAGUUAUAAAAUUUCGAUUUUUUUGCCGUGUACAGAGCGAACGCUCAAUGACCUGUAGCAUAUGAUUCUUCUCAUCCCUCAGAAGAAUUCACUGUUUCGGUGGUUGUUUAAUUCGAUUCAUUGAUCCAAAAGAUAAAUUUGCACAUGAA